AUUCAGCACCAAACGCCAAUAUGUUUGUCGCCUGAACGCGAAAUGUCUCCGGUUCCUUUUAGUUUGGUGUUCUGCGGGACUAGACUUGCAAAAUGAAGCUUAAUAUUUCUUACCCGGCCACGGGAUGCCAGAAACUUUUCGAAGUUGUCGAUGAACAUAAAUUGCGUAUUUUCUACGAAAAGCGCAUGGGAACCCAAGUUGAAGCCGAUGUUCUCGGUGAAGAAUGGGCUGGAUACAUUCUCCGUAUCUCGGGAGGUAACGACAAACAAGGUUUCCCCAUGAAACAGGGAGUCCUAACCCAUGGUCGUGUACGUUUGCUCUUGAAGAAGGGACACUCUUGCUACCGUCCCCGCCGUACUGGUGAGCGUAAAAGGAAAUCGGUCCGUGGAUGCAUUGUUGACGCCAACAUGUCAGUCUUGGCAUUAGUCAUUGUCCGCAAGGGCGCCAAGGAAAUUCCCGGUUUGACCGAUACCACUGUUCCACGUCGUUUGGGACCAAAGAGGGCUAGCAAAAUCCGCAAGCUCUACAAUUUGACCAAGGAAGAUGAUGUGCGUCGCUUUGUCGUCCGUCGUCCAUUGCCAGCCAAGGACAACAAGAAGGCAACUUCAAAGGCACCCAAAAUCCAACGUUUGGUUACACCUGUAGUCUUGCAACGGAAGCGCAGACGUCUAGCAAUCAAGAAGAAGCGUCAAACCGCUUCCAAGGAAGCCGCUGCCGAUUACGCCAAAUUGUUGGCCCAAAGGAAGAAGGAAUCCAAAGUGAAGAGGGAUGAAGCCAAGAGGAGGCGUUCAGCAUCCAUCAGAGAGUCAAAGAGCUCAUUUUCCAGCGAAAAGAAGUAGGGAGAGCAUUUUUACCGCUUGAUUUAACAAAAAAAAGAAAUAAACUAAGUUUACAAAUUUAGUAAA